AUUCUAACUGACGUCAUACUAUGUGACAAGUAAGUAAGCAAGGAGUAUCCUCAAGCAAGAAAUCGCCUCAACUGUAAUUUUAAUUUUAGUUAACUGAGCGAUUUUAAAGACUUUUCAUCUUUUGCGGCCGCGACUCGGUUGUAUGGAGUCUCACAUGCUCUCGGCAAUUUAACAGAAAACAGCAGCCACAUGAUCGUGCUAGCCAAUUUAGCAAGGUAAAGAUUAAAUGCCAUGGAAAACUACAGAAAAGAGCGCACUGUGGAGCAGCCGUGCCCGUGUCCGUUCCCUAACCUGUCCAGCGACACUCCUGAAGUUCGGGUGAAGGAUGGCAGCAAAAUCCGCAACCUGAUGAGGUUCGCUUUGAGCCGAAUGGAGGAGAUUGAAGCCUCAGCAGAACAGUCAGGCACCCAGGAAGGUUCACAGGUGACAGCGGGGUUGGUGGAGAAGCCGUGCCGGCAAAUGGUGUUUACAGGUACGGGCACUAGCGUGGCUAAAGCCAUCACGUGCGUGGAGAUCCUGAAACGCCGCGUGCACGGUCUACAUCAAAAUACCACUCUGGUCUAUCGAAGUGUUCAGGAGGUGUGGGAACCUCUGGUGCCGGAUGCAGGGCUGGACAGUCUCACGGUCAGUAGGAAUGUGCCUUGUAUAUGGGUACUGCUCUCCAGAGACUCGCUUGACAGUAACCAGCCAGGUUAUCAAGCACCAGGUUCCUUUGAUGCCUUGUGGACACAGGCUCUUAAAGAGGAAGCAUCCGCUCAGAGACAUUCCCAAAAAAAGAAGAGGGGUAGUAGAACAGGGACUGGCAGAGGAAAGGGUAUGCGCAAGCACCCGGGUGGACCUGGAGAAACUCGGAAGUCUGUAGGUCAUGCAAAGGGUGGGCAUGAAUGAAAGUUGCAGAUUUUGAAACAUUAGCUUAGCUUGGCGCAUACUGACUCAUACGUUUUCUCUGGAAUGUAAGGUUAUUCAAUGUGUUAUUGAAAAAUUAUUAUUGAUGAGAUAUUAUCAAUAAUAUUAGCACCAGCAUAUCUUUUUGUUAAAAUAUUACUGUGGAAGAUUGCGUUUAUAUUCUAUAAUGACUAUUCGUUAGUCAAAGAAUUCUGCUGGGUUACUCCUUAGAUAUUGGUCUUGAUUGUUUUUUUUUGCUGAGAACAUCUAUCAAAA